GCCCGGCUUCCUCGUCGCUGCGAAUUUACUGCCCAAAGCAAAGAGGCAGCUCAUUGUCACGUCGCUUUGAUAUUGUACGACAACAUUUGAGUCGACGCUGUCUACCGAACACUCGUUCGUUAUCAGUCUACUGUUUCAGUAGACGCCUGCCGAAAGUGACGAUUGUUACUGUCUUCUCUUCAAAUACCCGAGAUCAUCGACGAUCUCGAGUCUCAAGACGCGGUCUACAGCAAGUCCAUCCUGACUAGUCUGAAUUCGCGUGCUCUCGAACUCGCGAUGGCCGACACCUCUACCAAUAGUGGAGGUGGUUCUGCCUCUAGAGCGACCGACGCUUAUAUGUCUUUGGACGCUCCUCACGUCGUGCUCGACGCCGCCGGUGUCCCAAAGACUUACGCCUGCAACCAGCCUCUUGGAACCCAGGCGGCGUUCGCCGCGUUCUACCCAAAUGGGCUCCCGGUGACGUACAACAUGGUUCACGGACGAGACUCUGGCGGUGUGCCGAAUCAAUACAUUGAGAACCACCUGCCUGUGCGCUUCUACACGCACCCGCCAGCCACAGCUCAAGGCAAGUUUUCGACCAUGUAUGGCCAACAGGCCUUUCGCAAGACGGGCGACCUCCUCCCGGAGCGCCGCGUACAUCUCUGGAACCGCGACGAGAUACAGUCCGUUUGCAAUUCGCUCCGUGUCAUCUUUUGGGCGGACAUGAAGCGCCUGACGCGCCCGUACCGGUGGGACGACCUCUGGGAGUUUUUUGAUGCCCAUGACCUCUACCACUAUGGUGCGCUCAACCUCUGGAACGUCAUCAACACUUUGUAUGACGAGAAUAAGCUCAUCGGCAAUGAGUGGAAUGGUGAGGCCAUGAUGGAGAUUGGCCGCUUUGCCGAUCAAUGGCUCAAGAAAGAGGAGAACCGCAACAAGCUUGCCGAGUGGAACAGUCUCAAGGGUGGCAUCGUUUGCGUUCUUGCUUCCGAAGACUGGCAGGAGAUUGGCGACAUUCAAGACGACGAAAUGGGUCUAUUGAAGUGCGCUCUUCACUACCGUCGCGACCUACUCCUCUCCGGUGGUCUCAAGCAGUAUAUUGUGCCACCCCAGGACCUUGUGAGUGCCGUGAACAGCGGUGCCGUUGUCAACUGGCUCGCAGACACACAGGUCUUGGGAGAGAAUGGAUUGCCCUCGCCUCCAGUUGCAGAAGCUCACCAGUCGACAAUGAACCCGAUAGUGCCCUGCUUUGUUCAAGACGGUAACCACUAUUACCACCCACUGGGCCAGAAUGCCCCGGUGGCCGAGCCACCCAAAGUGAGUGCGGUGGAGGCCCUCCGUGAGUCCUCCGAAUUGGAGGUUCCCAGGAAGACGAAGAAGAUGCCACCUACCGGUGUCGUGACAGAGAGCGGUGUGGUCAUUGCAAUGGGAAGCAGCAAACUCCCACCCCGAUGGGACGAGAGAGUUGCAGAAACGGUAGCAAGAUUUGUUGCCACCGAAGCAGCCCAGAGCGCGGAUGAGACGACUACAUCUCAGGCGACGACGCAAGAGUGCCAGGCUGCGACCGACGCUCUGCCGGUUUGCCAUACCCUUGGUGAUGACAACAGCAUUGCUCCUGUACUCAAGACGCCACGAGCGUCCGCAAGCUCACCAGAUCUCAAAGACGCCAGCUUAUGGUCAACGGACAAGAAGAAAGAAGCCGUUGGCGCCCAUGACGAAGUGCAAAAUCCCGAAGAGAUGGCUGUUCAUCAUGGACAGGUGACCCACGACCAGGCAAGUGCAGAUGAGAAUGCGGUUACCAGGCCCGUGGUCAUCACCGAAACAGCCAGUACUUCGACCGCCACUGAGCAUGGGAAGACUGACUCUCCUACCGUUGUACAGCCUCAGUCAUCUGUGGUGCCUGUCGCGGAGAUGCAGCCGGACUAGCAAUCUGGCGCAUCUGAGCAGCAGCAAGAUUCUCAGCAAAACAUGGCUGGGAACAUCCACGGUGCUAUGAAUACUGAGCAGAUGAUGAUCUAUGAGAGUGGCCAGGCAGUGGUGAGUGGCCUUCCGCCAAGCUAUGCGCGGUCGACCGAGCGUCUGCGUUCUCAGCAGAGUGGCCGGCGACGACUUUCUCACCUCGCACCUCAGAUGUUUCGCCAAGGGGACACGAUGGUCGGUAAGGAGGAGUCGCCAGACUCAUCGAGGCAGACUUCUGCCAGGAACACGAACCCGGUCCCGGCGAUCAAUGUAGGACCAGGAGCCACGGCGGCCAGGUUCCACGGCUCUCAGUCGUCUGCGCGAGGUGAGCACGUUGGAGCACUUCAGCGCAACUAUACGGCCCCGGAGUAUCAGCGAGGAGCUCGAGGAGCCUCAAACAAUGGAAGCUACGGCAGACGGGGCCAUGUCCACUCCAGGAACUCGUCCAUGAAUCAGUCGGCACAGUUGAUGUCCCCGCCCCGUAUUGGCGGCUCGUGGGCUGGCGGCCGCGGCAGGGGACGACACCGCGGGGGCUACUCGGGCCAUCGAGGCUCUUCUUCCAACUACAUGCCUCCAUACGGCGGAAAUCCGUACGAGUACAGUGGCUUCGAGGGCCGCGCGCAGGCGCAGCUGCAGUCUGGUCCGCAGAACGAAGCCCAUGCGCAGGCGGGAUGCCGGAACGAGAACGCCGGUGGCGGAAGGUUCAGCUACAAGCCUUGCAGCUGCUAUAAGUGCAACGUCAACAACCGGAGCGUCAUGGUACGCGUCGAUGAGAGGCCCGAUACUCCCAUCAUGGAAGUCCAGUCCAGGAUCAAAUACGGCCUGGGGGAGCGCUUUGGCGAGGUCGACGCCGUGUUUCCGACUGAGCUCCAAGACGGCAUUGGCUUCCUUGUCCGGUUCCGCUACGAGUCGUCAGUUCCCGAUGCCCUGGCCUUUGGCUCCGGCGAGAUCCACCACUGGAACAUGUCUGUGGCCAUCAGCGCCGCCAUGAAGUCCAAAUGGGUCAACACGACGUGGCCUCAGGCGGUGCAGAACACCGGCUAUCAGCCCAUGCAGGCGCAAUAUCAGCCGGCGAUGCCGAUGCCAAAUCAUCCUCCGAUGCCGUUCGGUUAUCAGAACAUGGUCCCCUCUCACGCCCCGUAUCCCACGAUGCCCGAUUUCGGUAGGACGCAGCCUCAGCCUCCCUUCGUGCCCAUCUAUGAGCACGCUGGCAUGUUUCCGCUCCCCGCUUACCCUGUCUAUCCAGUUCCGCUUCAGGCUCCCGUCGUGGCCGAUCCUUUCGCGAGCGGUCCGCAGCAUGCCCCUGCUGUUGCCGUCACGAGCUACGACACACAGCUUCACCAUGCGAACAAGGCUACCGAGCAUCGCCCGAACCUCGCGCAGUCCGCUUUUGAGCAUCAGGUGCCUUAUGCCCUGACUUCGACCAAGCAACAUCAGGGUGUCUCGGAAACGGCCACGGCUCAAUCCAAGCCGCCCUGCGAGGAAGCCUUGGAUGACCUUAACCGCCAGGGCAAUCCGUCCGUGACGACCCCCGAGUCUGCAGGGGCCACUGCAUCUCCCAGCAAGGCUCGGGUGGUGCUGCCGGCACCUACAAC